CUGCUUCUACCCUUCUCUCGCUCUAGCCAUCUCAUCCCAGAGACGACACACAGAGCAAAACAGAGCGCCCCCGUUUCAUCAGGACGGGUAAUAAGUUCUCCCCCAAUCUUUGCUAUUUCCCCUAGAUCCGAAUUCAUCAGCUCAAGCGUCAGCGCGGCCACCGAUCCGAUCCGAACCCUCUGAUGACAAGGCGCUGCUCUCACUGCAGCCACAAUGGCCACAACUCCAGGACUUGCCCCAACCGCGGGGUCAAGCUGUUCGGGGUCCGAUUGACGGACGGGUCGAUCCGGAAGAGUGCAAGCAUGGGCAAUUUGAGCCAUUACACUGGCUCGGGUAAUCCCGGAGGCGGUGGCGGUCCGAACAUUUCCGGGUUGAACGCGCCCGGAUCGCCCGGCGGCGAUGACCCCGAUCAAGGCGGCGCCGGUGAUGGGUAUGCCUCGGAGGAUUUUGUUGCUGGGUCGUCCUCUAGCCGCGAACGGAAGAAAGGGUGUCCCGUGGACUGAAGAGGAGCAUAGGAUGUUCCUGUUAGGCCUGCAGAAGCUAGGGAAAGGCGAUUGGCGUGGAAUUGCACGAAAUUAUGUUAUAUCAAGGACUCCCACUCAGGUGGCCAGUCAUGCUCAGAAGUACUUCAUCAGGCAAAGUAAUGUCUCGAGGAGGAAAAGACGCUCCAGCCUUUUCGAUAUAGUUGCAGAUGAAGCUGCUGAUACCGAGAUGACAACGCAGGAAUUCUUGCCUAUUGGCAAUCCUGAUGCUGAAACUCAGGAGGAGGAUGACGUAAUCCCUGCUCUGCCUCCUCCCUCGUUAGAUGAAGAAUGUGAAUCGAUGGAGUCGUCCAACUCCAACGAGGGAGACAGUUGUAGCACUCUCCCUCCGAAGCCUGAUCCCCUGCAGCAGCAGCAGCAGCAGCAGCAGCCUGUAUACCCAGUCAUGUACCCUACAUACUUCUCCCCAUUCAUCCCAUUCUCUCUCCCAUUUUGGCCGACUGGCUACAGUGCACUACCAGAGCAGCCGGCAAAGGAGGGGACCCACGAGAUUCUGAAGCCAACUGCUUCGCAUUCUAAAAACCCGAUCAACGUCGACGAGCUCAUCGGCAUGUCGAAGCUGAGCCUAGGAGAAUCGAUGGGUAGUUCAGGGUCCUCUUCACUCUCAGUAAAACUGCUCGAGGGGUCGUCAUCUGGGCAAUCUGCUUUCCACGCCAAUCCAACGGGAAGUAGCUCGAGCAGCAAUCCUGUGAUCCAUGCUGUAUGAUGGGAGGGCUUCUAACAGGUGACUGUGUGUAUAGAGAAGGUAGUAGACUCGUGAUGUGCAGACUGGUUUUGGUGUUGUUUAGUGUCAUUAUAUUGGUUUGUCGAAUGAUAUUUAAUAAGACCGUGGGUUAAGUUAGAGUCUGUCUGGCGUCUGGGUUGGUAGGUUCUUUGUAGUUUUUGUAGCAUUUGUGUUGGUGUAGAUGCUAGAGAAAUUAUUUGAAUCUUUGACCUCUCACUUGUCAGUCAGUAGUGUCGGUUCUGGUUUUUCUGAUCAUCGUCUUUGCUCUUGCCUUUGAUCUUCAAUCCCGAUUCAGAAUUCAGAUAGCUUGGAAUUCGGUAAUGAUUUACGGUGGCGUGUUUCUUCUCCGUUUUCCAUCCACAACAUAUGAGAGUUUUAUAAUGUUAUAUGUGUUAUAGGUUUUUGUUUUUAUGGUACAACUUAAAGUUGGUACGAUUUCAGAUUGUAUCUAUAUUAUUUUGUACUAAUUCUUUUAUGGUAC